GCGGUCAAGAUGAUUUAUCAGUGAGAUCACGAAAUCGCACCAAAGAGAGCCACGAUCCACAAAGAUCAUAUAUUUCCUAAAUGUGGCCUGCAAUUAAUACUGUCUUAAUCGUUGUCGUGUCCUACGCGAGCAGAGCCGAUUUGGGCUUAUCGCCACCACUUGUUUAUCUUCUGCGGCCCACCUCGCAGCCCUCAGACCACCACAAGCUCCUCCUCAUUUCAGAUAAACCCCCGCCACCACCACCUCCACCCAUUACACGUCCCCUUCAAUUCUCUCUCCAUUCCGACGACAUUCAUACACUAAUUCCUGUUCUCUGUUUAAGCAGCAGCAAGAAGUAACUGACCAUGGGCUGUGCAUCGUCCAAGAGCACCGCCGUCAAGGCUGACGUCUACAGCCCGCCGCUGUCCAGCUUCGCCGUCUUCGACAUCAACUCCGUCAAGGAGCCUUGGGUUGUCGUGGACAAACCCCAGCCGGAGCAGGAGGACCAGCCUCCCUCGACCCCGCCGGAGAAGCCCGCUCAGCUGCCAGCCACGAUCCUCGACAAGCUUAAGAAGCUCGAAGCCGCCGAUGACGCCCCCCACUCCACCUGGGUCGAGGUCAGCAAGGCCCUCGAGGACCUCAAGCCCGCCGUCACCGCCCCGCAGGAGAAGCCGAAAGCGACUUCACCGCCGGCUCCAGGCGCUGACAAAGAUGAUUCCCAGGAGCCGCCCCCGCGCAAGAACUUCUCCUUCCACACCCUCGAGGAACUCGAUGCUAAGUUGGCUCCGAAGCCGGCCAAAGAAUUGAGGAAGACCGAGUCGUUGCGUACUGGGCCGAAGGCCGAGCCGAAAGCCGAGUCGAGGAGGGAGACGAGCGGAGGGUUCAGGUCCGUGAAGGAGAACAUCUUCAUCCAGAGGGACCGGGAGGAAAGGGAGAAGGAAGGUAAGCUGGCCGCCUACGACAGGCUGAUGAUGAGCAAGCGGGAUCCGUUCAGCGUGUUCCCGGAGAAGUGCCCGCCGCGAGGCGAGGAUUCUCUGGUCAUCUAUACGACCACGCUGCACGGGGUUCGCCGCACGUAUGAGGACUGCAACAAGGCGAGGUCGAUUCUUGAAAGCCACCGGGUGGUGUUUGAUGAGCGGGACGUGGCCCUGCACGGCGAGUUCCGGACCGAGCUCAAGGAACUAUUUGGGGAGGCAGCGACUGUGCCCCAGGUGUUUGUGAAAGGAAGGCACCUCGGCGGGGUGGACGAGCUGGUGGAGCUUAAUGAGACGGGGCGGUUUGGGAGGAUGCUGGGGAUGGCAGGUAUUGAGAAAGGGGUCGGGAGGCAAGCGUGCGAGGGGUGCGGCGGGGCCCGAUUCGUGCCCUGCUUGGAUUGCGGGGGGAGCUGCAAGGUGGUGGUCGGGGGAAGCAAAGAGAGGUGCGGGUCCUGUAACGAGAACGGCUUGGUCCAUUGCCCCGCUUGUCUCUGAUUUCAGUCAAAUAAAGUCAACUGGAGUGGUGAUUUUCAAUUUGGGCCGCGAAGGCCCAGUGGGCCUCCUUGUGUUCUCCCAUUGUGUAUAGACUUUUGGAUUUAGAUUGAGUUCUUCAAGUACAAGGUUGAAGAAGAGAUUGAAAGUUAGGAAAAUGAACCUAUGACAGAAAAUACUUGUUUUCAGUUAUAUAAUAAUACUUUUAAAUCAUUUGCAAAUGUGGGAAUGCAGUUGAUCAAUGCAAUACACUUCUUGUUUU